AUGGCCAAUCAGACUAGCAAUUCUACGAUAUUUGACGAGAUUGAAUCUAUACGCAAAAAGGGCGUGAAAUAUCAUGGCGAAGGCAAUUAUGGAGACGCAUUAUUUUAUUUUCAGAAAGCUGUAACUCGAAUCAAAUCGAUAGCGGAGAGUAGUGAUAGUCGUCGUCAACUUAAAUAUUCUAUUUAUCUCGCUAUGGCUCAAUCUUACCUGGAAAAAUAUCAAUUGAUAGAAGCCAAUGAAUACAGUGGAAAAGCAGAAAAGUUAGCUAAGAAACUAGAAGAGGUCAAGAUUUCUUAUUGUUUCGAUAUCCAGGGCGACUGUAAACGACUUCAAAGUGAUUUUAUGGGUGCUUUGAGUGAUUACAACAAAUCACUUCAAAUAAAAUUAAAAUCGUUAGGGAGUGAACAUCUUAGUGUCUGUAAGUCCUAUCAGAACAUUGGCUUGGUCUAUCAGAAUCAAGGCAAGCGUGACGAGGCUUUAAAGGAAUACAAUAAAUCAUUAAGGAUUAAACUGAAAAUUCUUGAAAAUAACGAUCCAAGUAUGGCUGUAUUAUAUAACAGCAUUGGACAAGCCUAUCAAGACCUAGGCAAGUAUGAUGACGCUCUAUCAAUGUAUAACAAAUCACUCAAGAUUAAUCUAACACAACUUGGCGACAAUCAUCCAAGUAUUGCUGAUACAUAUCACAAUAUUGCAAGUGUCUAUGAUGAUCAAGGCAAGUAUGAUGACGCUUUAUCAAUGUAUAACAAGUCACUCAAGAUUGAUCUGACACAACUUGGCGACAAUCAUCCAAGUAUUGCUGAUACAUAUAACAACAUUGCAAAUGUCUAUGAUAAUCAAGGCAAGUAUGAUGACGCUCUAUCAAUGUAUAACAAGUCACUCAAGAUUAAACUGAUACAACUUGGCGACAAUCAUCCAAGUAUUGCUAAUACAUAUCACAACAUUGCAAGUGUCUAUUAUCAUCAAGGCAAGUAUGAUGACGCUUUAUCAAUGUAUAACAAGUCACUCAAGAUUGAUCUGACACAACUUGGCGACAAUCAUCCAAGUAUUGCUGAUACAUAUCACAACAUUGGAAAUGUCUAUAAAGAUCAAGGCAAGUAUGAUGACGCUCUAUCAAUGUAUAACAAGUCACUCAAGAUUAAACUGACACAACUUGGCGACAAUCAUCCAAGUAUUGCUGAUACAUAUCACAACAUUGGUCUUGUCUAUGAUGAUCAAGGCAAGUAUGAUGACGCUUUAUCAAUGUAUAACAAGUCACUCAAGAUUAAACUGACACAACUUGGCGACAAUCAUCCAAGUAUUGCUACAACAUAUCACAACAUUGGUCGUGUCUAUAAUCGUCAAGGCAAGUAUGAUGACGCUCUAUCAAUGUUUAACAAGUCUCUCAAAAUGAAACUGACGCAACUUGGCAACAAUCAUCCAAGUAUUGCUAAUACAUAUAACAACAUUGCAAGUGUCUAUGAUAAUCAAGGCAAGUAUGAUGACGCUCUAUUAAUGUAUAACAAGUCACUCAAGAUUAAUCUAACACAACUUGGCGACAAUCAUCCAAGUAUUACUACAACAUAUAACAAUAUUGGUCUUGUCUAUGAUCAUCAAGGCAAGUAUGACGACGCUCUAUCAAUGUAUAACAAGUCACUCAAGAUUCGACAAACACAACUUGGCGACAAUCAUCCGAGUAUUGCUGAUACAUAUCACAACAUUGCAAGUGUCUAUGAUAUUCAAGGCAAGUAUGAUGACGCUCUAUCAAUGUAUAACAAGUCACUCAAGAUUGAUCUGACACAACUUGGCGACAAUCAUCCAAGUAUUGCUGAUACAUAUAACAACAUUGCAAGUGUCUAUAAUCAUCAAGGCAAGUAUGAUGACGCUCUAUCAAUGUAUAAUAAAUCGCUCAAGAUUAAUCUGACACAACUUGGCGACAAUCAUCCAAGUAUUGCUACAACAUAUCACAACAUUGCAAAUGUCUAUCAUCAUCAAGGCAAGUAUGAUGACGCUCUAUCAAUGUAUAACAAGUCACUCAAGAUUAAACUGACACAACUUGGCGACAAUCAUCCAAGUAUUGCUAUAACAUAUUGCAACAUUGGUCAUGUCUAUAGCGAUCAAAGCAAGCAUACAGAAGCUAUUUCUAUGUAUAAGCAAUCCCUUAAGAUUCAAUUAUCAGUUUUGGGUCGCAAUCAUCCUGAUGUGGCAAAGUCGUAUAGCGGUCUAGGAAAUGUAUAUCUUGCUGAAGGCAAGCAUGAAGAAGCUAUUUCUAUGUACGAGCAAUCCUAUAACAUUCUAUUAUCAGUUUUGGGUCACAACCAUCCUGAUGUCGCAAAGUCAUAUAACAAUCUAAGAAAUGUAUAUCAAGCUGAAGGUAAGCGUGAAGAAGCUAUUUCUACGAAUAAGAAAUCACUCAAAGAGAAACAAGAGGAACAAGAGAAGCAAGAAAAGCAAGAGGAGAAACAAGAGGAGCAUGAGAAGCAAGAAGAGCAAGAGGAGAAGCUAAAGAAGCAAGGGGGAAAAAGGGAGCAAGAGGAAAAAGAGAAGCAAAAGGAGCUAGAGGAGCAAGAGAAGCGAGAAAAGCAAGAGAAGCAAGAAGAGCAAGGGGAAAAAAGGCAUCAAGAGGAGCUAGAGGAGAAAGAGAAACAAAAGGAGCAAGAGAAGCAAGAGAAGCAAGAAAAGCAAGAAAAGCAAGAGAAACACGAGAAGCAAGAAGAGGAAGAUGAGUUAGCAGGUACCAUUGAGCGUUUUGUAAGGUGUUUGAUUAGAUAUUUGCUUUAG